AUGGAGCGCACGGACAACCAGACCACCCACGAGCCUCACAAGAAUCUCUUCGACUAUUCAAACGUGGUAACAUUUACAGCCGGCAAAGGGAGCUACCAGCAGUACUUUGCAUUCGACGGGCCACGACUCUGCCGUGAAUCCACGUACUUUGCACACCGGCUGCAUGGAGAUCACCCAGAAGCGAGGAGCCGACAUUUCGAUUUUGGGAACAUCAAGCCUGCCGUCCUCGCAUGCAUGCUGUCCUGGUACCGUGGCUGGGGUUGCGUCUCCUGCGACGAAGACAGCAGCCAUGUUAAUGAUGCAUUGUCGCUCGCCGAGAAAUGUCGCAUUGUUCGGUUCAAAGAACAUCUGGUUCAGAAGACAAAGAAACGGACCCGCGCCUUGGGACUGGAAAAGGCGCAGAGUGACUAUCCCUUGUCUCCUUGCGGUGACGACGAAGGAGGAGUCCUUGCCACUGAACUCGAGCCAGCACUUCCACAAUGGGAGACCAAGGAUCCUACAGAUGGAGACGACGCAUCUCAUUCUCUAUGUGGUCGAGGGAUGACCGCUCUUUAG